UUUUCCUUUCAAUAAAAAAGAAAAAGAAAAGAUUUUAAUAAAUUUUCUUUGUGGGGAUCGAUCUUCAUCAUCCAAUUAUAUAUAUACAUUUAUAUAUAUAUAUAUUUAUGGAGUCAAAGUGGACGAAAAAUUCUUUAGAUCUCAAUCUUAAACCAUUUCAGCAUGUCACCGAAGUUACUGAUGGUGAUGAUGAUGAUGAAGAUGUUGAGCAUUAUAAUAAUAAGAAUGAUGAUGAAAUAUUAUUGGCUGAAGAGGUAAAUAGGAUGAGCUCAGAGAAUAAGAAGCUUAGUGAAAUGUUAAGUGUUAUGUGGGAGAAUUAUAACAAGCUGCAAACCAAAGUGAGAGAGUUGAUGAUCAACAAUAAUAUUGAUCAUAAUCAUAAUAAUAAUUAUGAACAAUAUUAUUCAUCCUUAUUAACACCAAGGAAACGAAAGUUAUUAUUAGAUGGAGAAGAAGAUGAAGAUUACUACAAGAGCAAUAUUAUUACUACUGAUGAAGUUAAUAAUCAGUACUAUUAUAAUUACUCUCCUAAUAAGGAGAUUAAUUAUAAGUCUAAGGUUUCAACCAUUUAUGUACGAACUGAUUCUUCUUCUGAUGAUCAUCAUGAUCAUAAUAAGACCCUGGUUGUGAAGGAUGGAUAUCAAUGGAGGAAAUAUGGUCAAAAAGUUACAAGAGAUAACCCUUCUCCUAGAGCUUAUUUUAAAUGCUCUUUUGCACCAAAUUGUCCAGUUAAAAAGAAGGUGCAAAGAAGUGCUGAAGAUCCAUCUCUGUUGGUGGUUACAUAUGAAGGAGAGCAUAUGCAUAAGAUUAAUAGCCACAAUAUAAAGAAGUCAUCCAUGGUGAGAUCCUUUGCUAAUAAUUCAACUAUAACCCUUGAUCAUCAUGAUCAUGGCCCAGUUUUGCAUCAAUUUUUGGUCAACCAAAUGGCUUCUUCAUUGACAAAGGAUUCAAAUUUCACAGCCGCUUUAGCUGCUGCGCUAUUUCAGGAAAAAAAGUCGAUUAUUAAUUAGACAAUAAUUAAUACAUAUAUAUAUAUUAAUUAUUACUACUAGCUAGGGUUUAUAUAUAUAUAUAGUAUGUUUUACAAUUAUAUAAAUGGUAGAGAAAAAUGAAAUUGGUGCGUGUGUAACGUACCAACUCGACUCGAUCGAUCUACAGAGGCUUUUUGUCAUGUUAUUUGAAAGAGGAGAUUAGCUAUGAAUAUAUAAAUAUAUAUUAUGUAGGUCCAUGUAAAUAAUAUCUACUCAAUCCUUUCGGCAAACUUUUGUGAAUAAAUAUUAAAACAAGAAUGAGUGUAAUUAUUUGCGAUGA